AUGGAGAUGUGCUUGAACAGUUGGGCGUUAAACCGUGUGCUUAGUUUGACAGUUGAUAAUGCUUCAUCUAAUGAUGUUGGGGUUGAGCGUCUCAAGAGAAGGCUUUUGUUUAGGAAUAGUUUAGUUAUGAGUGGAAACCAUUUUCAUAUGCGGUGUUGUGCGCAUAUAUUGAAUUUAGUUGUGAAAGAAGGUUUGAAAGACAUUGAUGGCUCUAUUGGUAGAAUCCGUCAUGAUGUGUGGUAUGUUAGAUCUUCUCCUGCGAGGCUUGCUAAAUUCAAGGCAUGUAUUGAUGAGGAAAGCAUGGAUUAUAAAGGUUUAGUUUGGCUAGAUGUUGAGACUCGUUGGAACUCAACAUACUUGAUGUUAGUAUCCGUAUCAAAACAUGAGAGGACCUUUGAAGAAUUAAGUUUUCGAGAUAAAAAGUAUGUGAAUGAGUUGACAAAGAAGGGGAAAGGUGUUCCGACAGAAGAAGAUUGGAAGCAUAUUAACUUAAUCAUCCCAUUCUUGAAGUUAUUUUAUGAUGCUACCUUACAUAUAUCGGGGUCAUCUUAUUUGACAAGCAAUAUUUAUAUGUUUGAGAUCCUGGGUAUUGGAAAGAGCAUUGUGGAUAUGUGUGCGUCUGAAGAUGAGCAUCUACGUUCAGUAGCUCAAAAAAUGAAGAAGAAAUAUGAUAAAUAUUGGGGAAAUCAUGAGAAGCUUAACAUGUUGUUGUUGAUUGCUCUAGUAUUCGAUCCUAGGCGCAAGAUUAGAUUGGUCGAUUGGAUGGUAAGGCGAUAUUAUAAUAAGGAUGAUGCUGACGCCUUGAAAGCAAAUUUAGAGUCUAGCUUGAAAUCUAUUUAUGAGGAAUAUCGUGUUGGAUUUAUGUCUCCUCAAGGUAAUUCAGAUGAGUUGCAAGUUUUUGGUGGUGUUAGUAAUCCUUAUGGAACUGCUGAGUUCUAUAUUUCAGAAGGGUGUGACAAUGCGGAUAAUGAGUUAACUACUUAUCUUGGAGAGAAGUUAUAG